AUGCAUCUACCUACUCCGCAUCAUGGCUCUUCCUUCGCGGACCACUUCACGUUGCUCGCCUCGCAGCAUCUCCCAUCCGUUCUCGCGCUACUUGAGCUACUACCAAAUGGUGGCGGCGAUGGGAAGGCAUUUGAAUGUCUUGCUGUAGAAAGCAUGCGUCAGUUCAACGAAGAGACACCUGAUGUUGACGGUGUGUACUAUUUUAGCUGGGGUGCAUGCUAUGAACCAGGGCUUAUUGAUACAUGGAAAUCGCCACAUAGUGUCAUCUUAGAGAAGGAGGGUCCGAACGAUGGGCUAGUCAGUCUCGAAUCAGCCAAGUGGGGCACAUAUGUCGGUACCCUUUCACCCGUGAACCACCUCGACCUAGAAAUUCUCUUCAAGCCUGCUUCAUUCUACCUUGGUAUCGCAGACCUGCUGGCUGGAGUAGAGGAGGGCGAUGGCGAUGAUGCUACGCUAGAGAACGGCAUGGUUGAAGGUCACUGGGAGAGAAUGCAGCAGAACCUCUUGGGUAGUAGUUCGUCUCCCAGGUUGACACCAAGCCCGCUGCUGAGGAUGCAUCCUGCACUUGGAGAGAUGGAAGGAUCGAGAUCUACAAUGUCCCCAGAAGCACCUCCAUCAACAAAGCAGAGAUCUCUACCCCCUACACCUCCUCAUGAUGAGACACCACCUACACCACCUACAAAAUCGUCAACCCCGCCUGCACAUGCGGGAGAACGAGACUAGAC